GGUGCCGGGCGGUUCGUGCGGGGCGGGCGGACGGGGCGGGCGCCCCGGAGUCUCGCUCGGUACCUCCUGCCCCGCGCGGAGCCUGCGACGGACGCUCGACCAGGGCCGGGGGCUUUGCCGCUCCAGCGAGAGCCCACUCUCUGCUGGUGGCAUCGUGGCCGCAGGCCCCCGCUGGAUUGUCCAGGAAGAUGGGUGCCUGCAGGAGAAAGGCCCUGACCCUGCUGAGCAGCGUCUUUGCCAUGUGCGGCCUGGGCCUGCUGGGCAUCGCGGUCAGCACGGACCACUGGCUGUACCUGGAGGAGGGAGUGGUCCUGCCCCAGAACCAGAGCACCGAGACCAAGAUGUCCCUGCACUCAGGCCUGUGGAGGGUCUGCUUCCUCGCAGGUGAGGAGCGGGGACGCUGCUUCACCAUAGAGUAUGUGAUGCCUGUGAGCACCCAGCUCGCCUCCGAGUCCACGGUCAACGUGCUAAAAAUGAUUCGCUCGGCCACGCCGUUCCCCCUGGUCAGCCUCUUCUUCAUGUUCAUCGGCUUCAUCCUGAGCAACAUUGGACAUGUCCGUCCCCACAGGACAAUCCUGGCCUUUGUCUCCGGCAUCUUCUUUAUCCUCUCCGGCCUCUCGCUGGUGGUGGGCCUGGUGCUGUACAUCUCCAGCAUCAACGAUGAGGCGCUCAACAGAACCAAGGAUGCGGACACCUACUUCACCUACAAGUACGGGUGGUCGUUUGCCUUCGCCGCCAUCUCCUUCCUCUUAACGGAGAGUGCGGGGGUGAUGGCCGUGUACCUGUUCAUGAAGAGGUGCACCGCCGAGGACGUGUACAGGCCUCACCCCGGCUUCUACCGCCCGCGUCUGAGCAACUGCUCCGAUCACUCGGGCCAGUUCCUGCACCCGGACGCCUGGGCGCGAGGCCGCAGCCCGUCCGACAUCUCCAGCGACGUCUCCCUGCAGAUGAACAGCAGCUACCCAGCCCUGCUCAAGUGCCCCGACUACCGCCAGGUGUCUUCCUCCCCCUGCUGAGUCCCGGCCCCGGACUGCCGUGCCCAGACAGCCCUCCCUGCCCCCGCUGCCCUUGGUCUACCGCCCGGCUGUCCCCGUGCUUAGCUGUUUUCACCUGACCCGUGUCCCCUCCCUGCUCGCCCAGAGGAGCUCCUGCAGCCCAGGGUGGGUGUCGGGAGUCUGGAGCCAGCGAGCGGAUGACGGGUUGAGAGCUGGGGGUUCCCCCCGCCUCUUGAGUGCCAGUCAUUGGGCGCCCUCCUUCCCUGGGAGGGGUGGGCCUUCCAGCUCUGUCUUCCCCGCCGCACCCUACGUCAUGGACCCAGGCCAAGGCCAGCUCUGCGAUGCCAGGUUCCUUCCAGAGACCCAGCUGGACUUGGGUGCUUGCCAACUGGUCUGGCCCUCGCGUCGUGAUCUGGGCUAUGGGGCCGGGAGGUGGCUCUGAUACGGAGCUCUGGCUGCUUCAGAGUCGUCCAGCGCUGUCCUUGUGAAGUCCUCUACCGUUUGUGGUCACCCCCCGUGUGCCCUGUCCAUCUCCCCCCUGCCCCACGGCCUGUGGGUCUUCUUCCUCUUCUCCCAGCAGAACUCAGCUGCCCCAGCUUUGGUCCCCAACGGGCUGAGAGGGGUCUGAGGCCACCUGAUGAAGUGACAAGGAGGUGUUAGUGGCUGAUGGUGUCUUAAUGUGCGUGGCCCGCAGUAACAUAUCUAACAAGGGCCUUUAAUGCCUUAACCCAAAGCAGUGACUCUGACAUUGAGAACUGCAGAAGGUGGCUGGUCCGGGUUAAUACUACCAAGCACUGUUUCAGGCCCGGGGGAUGCCGUCCCCACUCACAUGGGCAAUAUUUCUGGUCCAGGUCCCUAAAGUCUACUCAUGUAGACGGAUGUCUAUACCACCGAAGGAGAAAGAAGGCAGCUUUCAAAGAGGCUGCCUGGGAUUUGGAGCUGGCUUUGCUGACGCCUGAGUCUAAGCAAGCCAGACUCAGAAUGACCCUGCUGCUCUCCUGAGGAUGCCUGCCGACAUCGGGGGUUGCCAGUUUAAUCCUAAUACAGGGCAGCAUCUGCUUCCUGGGUACGGGGCGUGUGUAGGCAGAGAGACGCCUCCGGAAGAUGGGGUGGCGUGAUGCCUGCUUUCCGGGCAGGAAACCUGAAGCCCCUUCCGUGAAGUUCACAGAGGGAAACGGGAAAGGCCCAGUGCUGGACGGGACCCCCUCAGGUCUCCACGCGUCUUCUCGCACGCCCACUGUGGGAUUUGAGGUUUUGAAUAGCAGAACAACGCCAGGCUGUCUGCUGUGUAUUUUUGCCACACCAGCUGUUCACCCUUUCUCUUGCUCUUUUUUUAAGAUAGCGUUCAGUUUUGGGUGCAAAAAGCCACCGUGGGCGACACGUGGGCUCCGGAAAGAAAUACAGAAAACCGCACUUGUGGCAGGGGUGGCCUUCAGAAGGGGAACGCAUUCGUUUGCUGGGGCUGCCACGGGCUGCGUGGCUUAAACAACAGACAAUUAUGUUCUCACAGUUCUGGAGGCCAGAAGUGCAAGAUUGAGGUGUCAGCAGAUCUGGAUUCUCUCGAGGCUGUUUUCCUUGGCUUGCAGAUGACCAUCGUCUCCAUGUGUCCUCACAGGGUCUUUUUCCUGCACGCCUGCAUGCGCCCCUGGUGUCAGACUGGAUAAGAGCCCAUCCUAACAGCCUCAUUUUAACUUAAAUCACCUCGAUAAAGGCCCUGUCUCCAAAUGCAGCCAUAUUCUAAGUCGUGGAGGGAAGGGCUUGAAUAUACGGAUAUGGAGCUUUGGGGAGGGGUUGGGGGACAGUUCCGCCCAUAAAAGGCAGAUUGCCUCGUAGCUGGAUUGUUCCCUUGUUCACAGAAUAAUAGAGGAGAAACGAGGGAAGCCGACUGUGGUCCCAGUCCUGCUACUGUCCCCGCGUGGGUCCUGGGGAAACCCCCUUCUGCUCCUAAACUAUUUCCAAGCCCUCCUCCCACACCUACCCCCAACUCUAAUGAUCCAGCCUCGUGUAGAAAGCUCCAGACAGCCCUCCUGUGUGACUGUUCACCCCUCCCCUGUACACUGAUGGCAGCCGGAAAGCCCGCCUUCCGCUCCACAGGCACCUGCCGUGACUUGUAUCCUUGGUAACCGCUUACAGCUUAACAAGGAAACCAGCGCGCCCGGCAGCAAAAGACUCGUUUAGUGUACCUGGAGACCGUUAGGUAGCAUUUCCGAACUAGACGGUUGUUUAGAUGUGCUUUACUCCGAUCGUUGUCAAUGUAAUGAGCUCCUCGGACGCACUUUUCUCUCCCUGAAGUGCUCCCUCUCUCUGUCCAUGUGCCAGGCUUGUUUUCGUGCACACGGAAUAAAUAGAAUCCACUCCUGAACACAAGCUGA